AAAUUAUAACAAGUAGUUAUUACGCUUCACUGUCACAUCGGCAAAAAUGGCCCCGGUUGAUCCUGCGACAGCUUAUUUGGUGUCGGCAGCUGUUAUCGUAGUUUUAUUAAUUGCUAUUUCAAUCUUCUGUGGAGAUAAAAGCAAAAAAAAGAAAGAUGAACAAAGGGCAGGACAGGCAGCUGCAGCAGGUGCAAGACCUAGAGCUAGAGAAGCUCCCCCUGGAGGAAGAGCAGUUAGGAGACGUGGUAACCGUGGAACCAGGAUGCAGAUCAGAGAUGAAGAUUCAGAUGAAGAAUAUGUGCCAGAUCCUGAGGAAGAUGAAGAUAUUUUUGAUGACUUUGGAGAGUCAGAGAAAACUAUGGGAGCCAAAAAAUUGAGAAAAUUACAAGAUAAAGCAGAGAAGAGAAGGCAAAGGGAGAUCGAAUUACAAGAGCGAGAAGAACGUAAAGAAAGAGAGAAGAAAUUAGAAGCUCAGAGAAAGAAAGAAGAAGAAAGAGAAAAGGCUGAAGAAGAAGCAAGGGCUGAAGAAGAAAGGAUUCUGAAGGAAGAACAAGAGAAACGUGAACAUGAAGACUAUCUCAAGAUGAAGGAAAUGUUCUCGGUUGAAGAAGAAGGUGAAAGUGAACAAGCUGGUGACCUUAGUUCACAGUCCUUGCUUCAGGAAUUCAUUAAUUAUAUCAAGGAAAUGAAGGUUGUCAUGCUGGAAGAUCUAGCAGCUCAUUUUAAAAUUAAAACACAGGACUGUAUAAACAGAAUACAAGAGUUACAAGCAGAUGGUCGACUCACGGGAGUGGUUGAUGACCGCGGAAAAUUUAUUUAUAUAACAGUGGAGGAACUUGAAUCUGUUGCGAAGUUUAUACGACAACAUGGACGUGUUUCUAUAGCGGAACUAGCCGAGUCCAGUAAUAGACUGAUAAAUCUGAACCCAGAUAAUGCAGAUAUACAUAAAAAACUAAUUGUUGGUGACCAUGAAGCAGAAAUUAUUGAAGUGUCGUAGGAUAUGAGAUAUAGUGGAGGUUUAAUGCAGAGAAUUAAAAAUUGAGAAGUUCAUAGGAGGCAUGUUAGAAUAGCGUUAUAUUAAAAGUGGUUAUGUCCUAUCAAUGGACUGAUUCGAAUAAGAACUUUUUUUCCUGAUUGAGCAGUUGUUUUAUUACAUGUACUUGCAUGCAUGUUAGAUGUAAUAGUAUCUAUCAUUACUGUGACAAUCGGCUAAAAUUUAUAAAUAGUUUAAUUGAAUAAUGGAUAACAGAACAGUUUGCAAACUUCUGAUUUUACAAUUCAUUGAUCAUGGUGUGCAAGUGCUUUUAAGACUAUAUCAAGAAAAUCAUACAUAUUUGAAACCAUCUGAACCUCUCAUUGAUCGCUAAAUAUUGUGAAAUGUCACUAAAUCUGUGCAGCAAUGAUCAGUUUUAUAAAUUUUGCGUAGAUUUUCGUAAGUAUAUGAAUCAUAGAUUAAGAAAAAUAUGUCUGCAGGACAGCGUAUUCCAUAGAUAAAUCUUUCAACAUGUGUCCAGUAA